ACCACAGUAACAACUACAACACCCUCAACUCUCUCCACCACAGUAACAACUACAACACCCUCAACUCCUUCCACCACAGUAACAACUACAACACCCUCAACUACUUCAACCACAGUAACAACUACAACACUCUCAACUCCUUCCACCACAGUAACAACUACAACACCCUCAACUACUUCAACCACAGUAACAACUACAACACCCUCAACUACUUCCACCGCCGUACCAACUACAACACCCUUUACUACUUCCACCACAGCAACAACUACUACACCCUCAAUGCCUUCCACUACGAUAAUUGUAGUUACAGAAGAAACCACUCAACCAAUUACUUUACACUGCCAUUGUUUUCAUAAUGGUACAACAUUUCCUGCUGGCUCCAUAGUAUACAAUGAGACAGACCAUGAUGGCUACUGUUACACAGGGUACUGCAAUGAGAGCUGUCAUGUAGUAACCAUAGGACAGCCAUGUCAUACAUAUCCUCCACACCCUCCACCUGUGGUUUGUUUAACAGGUCAAGGUCCAAAACAGAAUGGUGAAAGUUGGAUUGUGAGUAACUGUACAAAUGCAACGUGUCUAAAUGGCAGCGUGUCUCUGGGCCCCAGACCGUGCCCUAUUCAAAAGCCUGUAGUCUGUGCAAAUAACUUUGCUGCAAUUAAAGUGCUGGAUGAUGAUGGAUGCUGCCCCCACUAUGAAUGUCAAUGUAUCUGCUACGGGUGGGGAGAUCCCCAUUAUGUCACAUUCGAUGGAACCUACUAUGGUUUUCAAGGCAACUGUUCCUACUGGCUGGUGAAAGAGAUCUCGCCCAAAUAUGACUUCAGUGUUAUGAUUGACAACUACUACUGUGGAGCAGCUGAUGGCUUGUCCUGUCCUCAGUCCAUCACAGUCGUCUACAAAAGUUACAAGAUCUUUAUAACGCAAAAGGAUAUAAAUGGCAUGUUUAAAAAUCAGAUUUCCGUCAAUGACAGGCAUGUAAGUCCUGCAUACCAGAACGGUGACUUCCGUAUGACCACCACUGGUAUUGAUACAGUGCUUGUUAUCCCUAAAAUCCAUGCCAAGAUCACCUUCUCAGGGCUCAUAUUCAGCAUCGCCCUACCCUAUAGUCAAUUUGGCAACAACACCUGGGGACAGUGUGGCACAUGUGAUAACAACCGGACAGAUGACUGCAUGUUGCCCAGUGGCAAAAUUGAUUCUUCAUGUCCUAAUAUGGCACACGAGUGGCAUACUAACGGCAGCAGCUGUAAACAACCUCCUCCCACACCAAACACAACUCCUACGCCCGAUACCUGCAAUACAAGCAUCUGUGAGAUCAUCAAGAGCAGUGUAUUUGAAGCUUGCCACAAGGUCGUUGACUACCUUCCUUUUGUGGAGGCCUGUGAGUUUGACGUUUGUCACAUGCACAUUAAUCACGUUGGCUGCAUCAGCUUACAAACUUACGCUGAAGUCUGUGCUUUGGCUGGAAUAUGCAUCGACUGGUGGAAUUCCACCAAAGGACUCUGUGUAUAUACAUGUCCAAGUCCCAAAGUGUAUCAGCCCUGUGGCCCUCCGGUGGAGCCUACCUGUGAUCUCUGGUACAACCAGAAGUUUAUCCAUACUUUCAAUGAGUUCAGUGAGAUGGAUAGUGUGAAGAUGGAGGGUUGCUUCUGCCCCAGUGGCACCAACCUCCUCUCCUCCGCUUCUGAUGAAUGUGUUCCUACCUGUGAAAUAUGUCGACUGGCAAAUGGAAAAUGGAUAAAGGCCAAUUCCACGUGGACAGAAGACUGUAACGCGUGUAUUUGUGAGGAGGACACACUGAAGGUCACAUGCAGUCACGUGUCCUGUCCAGCACCGCCACCUGUCAGCUGUGAGGAGCCGGGUCAGGUUAAAGUCACUAAUACUGUUGGCUGCUGUCAAGAGGAUAAGUGUGAGUGUGAUGUGAAGCAGUGCCCUGGGGUUGUGCCGCCCUGUCCUGUGGGUUAUACUCUCCACACCACUGUGGGAGUCUGCUGUUCGUCCUGCGUGCCCAUUCCGGAUGUGUGUGUUUUCAACAACCUUGAAUAUCAGGUUGGAGACUCAGUGCCCAUGAAGUCAUGUGAGAUGUGCAUAUGUAGUUCCCGGACAAAUGCCAGCAGCCACCUGAACAUUAUAGACUGUCAGCCAUUACCAUGUGACACACACUGCCCUGUGGGUUAUGAGUACCAGCUCAGCCCUGCUCAGUGCUGUGGACAGUGUGUCCAGGUCGGCUGCGUUGUCGCAUUGCCCAACUCCACACACGCAUUAAAGCCUGGAACCCUUUGGAGUCCCGCUGGGAACCCCUGUGUGAAGUUUGAGUGUGUGAAGAUUGCUAAUCACUUCAUUACUAUUGAGGCCAAGACCAUGUGUCCUCCCUACGACCCUGCAAAAUGCAUACCGGGAACUGAGACCGUCGCUCCAGACGGAUGCUGCCACACCUGUAUUCACAGAGGUCAGCCCUGCAGUGUGAGCAGCACUGCUGUGACCGUGGAGAGCCAGGGCUGCCACUCCAAAGAGGUUGUCAAUGUCACGUCCUGCGCCGGAGCAUGUGGAACCUUCAGCUUUUACUCUACCAAAAUGCGAGCUCUGCAGCACACCUGCUCCUGCUGCCAGGAGGUGGCUACGUCUGAGAGGCAGAUCCAGCUCUCCUGCCCCGACAGCACAGAGAUCAGCUUCAGCUACACCCACAUCGAGACCUGCGCCUGCCUGGACACCGACUGCUCUGUGGUGCGCCGCGGGCAGACCUCUGCUCCAGCUGCCGGCUCUCGCCGACGCAGGAGAUAAGGCCAAAACCAGGCAUCAUCUGCAUACAUUUUCCUCUAUUUAUGUCUCAUGUAUUAGGGCUGAUACAAUUAUAAACCCACAUAUAUCUCUUUAAUAAAGAUCAUACAGUACUGCA